UUAUUUAUUUUUAUACUUUGCUGUUUUGAUAAUUUGUGGGACUGGUUCAUCUAACUUUUGUGGUUGCUAUUUUUUGAUUAUUUAUUUGGUGUUCUAAUUUGUGCUGUUCUAAUUUCCUUUCAACGCGUCGUAAAUGAGUAUCUACAGUCUAGUCCAUUGUUUUGCUAUAAAGGAAUUAUUCUAUGCUUUAUCACAUUGAUUUCUGCGUUUCGUAACUCACUGGUUUCAGUUUUUAGAUUUUUCUUUUAGUAUUGAUUUCGCGGAUUGGUUUGUUCUUUUGUUUCCUAUUUUUAUAAACCCUCUUUGGUUUAUGACUGUAAUUUCUUUUUAUAUCUUUAAAUAAUGCUUUCUUUAGUUUCGGUGAAGCAUUGGUCUUCUGUCGUAACGUUCUGUUUUUAUAAACUCUCAUUGCUUCCUUUUGAUUGUAUACACUGCAUUAAUUUUUAUUUGUUCCAGACUUGAUUUUCUUUUCUUCUUUUGAAUAUAAAUUGUCUUCCAAGUUUGUUUUCAAUAUCAUUUUGCUUAUGUUCGAAGUGUUGAGUCUAUGUACUUUUUUGCAGUGUGGUUUUUAGACAUGCUAUUUUUCUGCUGCAUUACAUGAUAAAUUCCCUUUUCUCCAAUAUUUACUAUACUAAUAACUUUAUAUUAUUUCCUAUUUUUAAUCUUUGGAACCCUAAUCCUGUCAUCCUCAGCUGCAGCACUAUUAGUCACUCUUUCCAUUACCGUUGUCUCUACCAUAUUCAUUCUCUCUUCUGCGUUGCCCAAGAUUGCUGCUCUCUGCCCCAAGUCAACGCUCACUGCUGCCGCUUUUCCUGUCCACAUCCCAGAUCACCAGGAUAUUGUUUUUCCUCUCCUGAUAAAACAUUCAACAUGCUUAAUUUUUGUUGCCGGAUCUCUCAACACUCUUCCAGCCAAAAGUACUUGGUCUGUUUCCACCCCUACCACACGUGGGUGCUCUAGAAUCUGAAAUAGAUCUGUUGUCACCUCACUGUGCGAUCACUCACUCAAUGUCUGCAGCACCUCUCUUCAGUCACGAGCGUCACCUCUCCCCCUUAAAAUAUGUAUAUAUAUGUUUUCCUAUCCGAUUGGUGGCUUGCCAAGCCUUGCCUUCCACUCCAGGGCUUAGCGGUUGGUGGCAUUGCUUAUGGCCUGAGAGAGAGAAUGCUCUUAUCGACAGUGAUUGCAAAGAGGCACGAGGCGAAUGUCUUGGAGACUGAAGACGGAGUCACUCUUCACUUAAGUAGUUUAAUUAACAGCUCUCGCUCGUCUCAGAAUGGCUUCCCACGCAAGGUAUGCGAAGACUUCUUGUUGGGAUUUCCAGACGAUUGGCAAAAGUACACUGCUCAUAGUUUUGGAGCUAAACGUGUCAAUGGGGAUACUGGAUUUCAUGAGCCAAAUGCUUGUUCACGCAAGAGGGCUGUUGAUGCUAUCCCAUUUUCCAUUCAUGAUAAUCGUUCGGCAGAGAGACAUGAUUUUUCAUCGUCCAAUGAUGGAAUUCUGAAAGCAAAAACGAAUAUCUGCAAUGAACCAGAGAAUUCAAUUGGCAAUGUUUUGAAGCAAUCCGUAUCAAAAAAUAGUGUGGAAUGCAGCAAUAGCAAGAAAACUGUGGAGGGUGAACACGAGGACAAUACUGUAAGUCUUAAAUCGUCUCAGUCACUUGUUGACAGUGACACAAUGGACGAUUGUGAAAAUGGAGUCUUAGUAGCUGCACCUGUAAGCCAAGUUGGAAAUCUUGACCGGAUUCCAUGUAAAGUUCAUUCUGGGAAAAGCAUGGUUGGAUCUCCAGUUUCCACAACAAAAAUCAGAGCAACACAAUCAUUGGGUGACUGCAAGGAGGAAUAUGUUAGUCACACUAGAAAAUAUUCGAAAAAAUGUCUCACGUCACUCAAAGAAACCAGUGCUUGUCCAGUUAGAAGAUCUCCCAGGCUGUCAAAGGCAACGAAAUGAGCAAGUAAAACCUGUAAUGAGAAACAAGUUGUCAUUCAUUGUUGCGAUAAGGAAUGGAUUAAUUGUUGUUUUGUCAUUCUGCAUUUGCAAUAGGUUUGAUGGCCACGGUUAAGAAUGAAUUAAUUCAAGUUAUGUACAUCAUGGAGUGUCUUUCCGCCUAGUACCAAAAUUCUUGAUUUUUAUCUGGGUGGCCAUUUUUUAACAUUAGUUUGUCAGUAAUG